AUGGAUGAUGCUGAAGUUAAAUCAAGGGAUUUCCCACCAAGACUUUACCUUGAAGGGUCUUCUAACCUAGAUGAACUGGUGAACUCUCCCAUUGGAGUAGUUGCUAGGCUAGCUGAACGCGAAAGCAUGUGGUCUGGUAGGACCGUGCACUAUCUACUGUGUAGACAGCUGCAAGCUAUAAAGAAGGAGAUAUGGUGUCUCGUGGCUGAUGAGGCUAUCAGGUUUAGCUUGCUCGAGUUUGGUGAGAUCACUGGGCUAAACACAGGUCCAUUGCUAACAGAAAAAUUUGAUCCUGGUCAAUACAACGAGUUUUGGGGGGAGUUGAAGGUGCCGCUUGGGAUGGGACCAAAGUUAGAUGAACUGAAGGUGCGUGUGAGGAGAAUGGUUUUCAAGGACUCAAUUGAAGAGAUGUUUCCUAUUUGGCCGGGUGAAGAUGAUGACCCACAACUUGGGAAUGCAAAGGGGAAGGGGAAGGGGAAUGAGAAGAAGAGAAUGAAGGGUGGAGUUUCGUCAGAAGCUGAGCCACCCACUAAGAAGCAGAAGAAAGUUAAGACACAUAAUGAGUCUGAAGCUGAUGCAGCGGGAAAGGGUUCUAGCGAGAAUGAAGGUAGCAAAGAGUUGGAGUUGGAGAACAAAGCGACUCUAACGACCAUUAUGAAUACUCUGGAUAUUAUUUCUGGAAAAAUUGAUCAGGUUGACUCACGGUUGGAAGCUUACGAGUUAGACCGGAACAGGUCAUUGAUGGACCAAAAGGCCAUUGAAGACAGAGUGAAUUAUUUACUGGAGGAGCGUCUGAAAGAUCUGGGGAUUGGUGCAGGCAGAUGCUGCGUUUGCACUGCGUUUAAGAGGAAGGAGAAGGCUGAGGCUAAGGAAAAAGCUGUUGAGAAUAAGAAAAAAGAGGCUGAAGCUAAGAAAAAUGUGGCUGAGGCUAAGAAAAAAGAGGCUGAGUUAAAGAAGAAACAAGAGGCUGAGCUAAAGAAGCAAAACCAGGCUGGGUCAAAGUACAAAAAGGUGACUCCACCGCGUGACGGUGUAAGAAGAUGCAAGGUGCAACCUGAUGUAGAGGAUAGUUCAUUGGCUGAUAUAACUGACGAAGUUGUUACAGAACAGAACGAAUUCACGCCGGAGUCUGAUGUCGAGAAUUCUGAAGUGGUUAGAUCUGCCAUAAUUAAGGAGUACCAGGAGAAAAGUGUUCGGUUAACUCCAAAAGGGUUGUCAAUGACGGCAGUUUCUUCAUCAUUAGUUUUUCCGAAGGUAGGACAUGAUGGAACUACGUGCAUGAGGAAGAAUGUUACUCCUUCAUCAGCAAUAUAUGACCCUCUAGCACCUGUUGAUCCGGCGCUAUUGGAGAAACUUAUGCAACACAUCAAGGCAAUUCCACCCAAACCACCAGCACCACCAGGUAAAAAAGAAGUACUAAUAGCUGAUCAUGAGAGUGACUUUUACAGCAUACUCAUCCAUGAGAGACCGUGGCCGGAGGAUGAGUAUGGAUGGGUGUUUGAUAAUCAUGUCGUGGCGUAUAUGAACGUCCUCAUUAAAAGGUCCAUGCGAGAGCCCACUCCAUUCUGGUCCAAGCGGAUUGCCUUCGUUGAGGUUUGGUGGCAAAGUUUUUUGAUUCACGAUUACGGUCAGUUCAAGAUGAAACCCACAAUGUUCUUGUUCAAAGGCAAUGGUUAUGAAGAUAUGAUAAAUGGUAGGAUUCCCGAUCAUUGUCGAACAAACUUGAAGUGGUAA